UCAGUGAGGUCUGAGCCAGAAGAUGGAGAUAAAGCAGAUCCUCAUCCUCCUGCUGUGCGCCGCAGCGGCGCGCUCCCGGUGCCACAAUGGGACCAACCUGGAGGCAAUAGCGCUCAAGAGGCUCCAGAGGCACUACCCUCAGCCCCUGACCAUCACGGCCUCAGAUGACUCCUCCAGCUCCUGCCCGGUCGAGCUUUACCAGAAGCUGCCCUCCGUGGAGGUCAAGGAUCGCUCCCUCUCUCCCUGGAAAUGGCGGACGGUAACCAGACCGGAUUACUUUCCCCACACCUACACCGAGGCCGUGUGCCUCUGCAAUGGAUGCAUCCUGAUGGAAAACGGCACCGUGCAACACAGCCACAACUACAACAGCAUCCCCCUUUUGCACACGUUCAUGUUCCUUAAGAGAGACAGACACAACUGUGAGGAAGGCAAAUACCGCCUGGUGGAGGAAAUGGUGCAGGUGUCUGUGGGGUGCACCUGCGUCAGGGCGAAGACCGUACGGUCGUAGUCCAACCCUUGGAGGCACCACCUCAGACUCAGAGAUGUUAUGCUGUGAGGUUCUACAGCUCUACUUUGAGAUGGACUGACUUAACUACCUAUUUAUUGUUUAUUUAUUUAUCCAAACUGUGUUGGGUUGUUUUUUUCUCAUAACUAGUGUGAAGUUCUGCAUAGUGCAGCUUAUAUAUAAAGAAGGUAUUAAAUACCUGAUUCCACAAAUGAUGAAGUUUCCUCAUCAAAAAAUGCUGUUGUGAACUACUGCAAUAUCAUAACAGCGAUAAUCAUGUUUGUAGUAAAUAUUUAUGUUAAUUAUUCUCAUUUAUAAUG